GAGAUUGUAAGCUGCAUCAUUCAUCCGUUUCGGAUUCACAAGUUCAUACAUGAAAUAUGAUUUGAAAGCUAGGCUUUUUUUCAAUUUUACAUGAAUAAAUCAUUUAUAUUGCGUGGAAGACAGUCUACGGUCUUGUGCAAGUCAUUGGGGAGGAAUGAUCCCGAUCGCCUCAGUGUUUAUUCCAUAGAGCAUCAACUCGGUUGGACGUUGGACAUGCAUCCGCUUUAUAUUCCAUCGUUCUGUAUUUUGUUGGUAGCGUUUAUAUCUUGUGACUCAUGUAUGAGAAAUGGUGUGCGUUGUUUGGAUUAUGAAGUAAUUCAGUCUCAUGAGGAUUACGAAGAAAGAAGGUACCCUUCACUUGUUUGGGUGAGCGCUAGUGAGAAUGCCAAGAGUAAAGCAGAUGUAUCCAGAAAACUCAUUAAGAAGCUCUAUGCAUAUUUGGGUGGCGAAAAUGAAAGAGGUGAGCGUUUAGAUAUGGUUGUACCUGUGAGGACAACAAAAUCCCCCCAAGGAUCAUUUAAUCAUUAUACAAUGGCUGUUGCAUUGAAACCUGAACAGAGCGAAAAUCCUCCGCAACCUACAGAUCCUAGUGUUUCUGUCGUCAGAGAACCAGCCACCACAUAUAUGACAAGAUCCUUUGGAGGUCAAAUUCGACAAGAAUCAAAGUGGGAUGAUCAUGCAGGAACUCUGAAGUCUUCCACCACAAAUGAUAAGAAAGUUGAUAAUACUUUCUAUUAUAUGAGUGUUUAUGAUAGUCCUUGGACUGAAGUCAAUCGAUUGAAUGAAGUAUGGCUGAAGAAAAGGGAAAAUUAGACUGUUGUAUUAUUUUUGAAAUAUAUCAUGCUGCUAUAAAAAGCUUAAGAAAUAUACUUGAUGCUUUGUAAUCACCUCUGCUAAAAUAUGUAUUUAGCUCAAAGAUGAAGAAAAAAUAUACACAUUUAGGGUCAUGAAUUUAUUAAAAAUAAAAACGUUAUAAAAAAUCUGACGAAUCAAUUGUGAGAUUAUUGUCAUCGAAAAAAGCAUUGAAGCCAGUAUCAUUUCUAACAAUUGCCUUUCACAUUUUUCAGUUUCUUCACUAUGACUAAACUUCACAGUGAUUUGUCAGAUUCUUAAAAACGUUUUUGCUUCAUACUUAAAAACAUUAUUUCUCAUUUCUAAUGUAUAUAGUUUUUAGUUUCAUUAUUUACAAAAAUUUUAAAAAUACAUGUUAAAGAUGGUUAUAACUGAACAUAUUCGAAAACCAUAUGCUUGAUAAAUCUGUUUUUUACUGUUAUUACUUAACCCUGCUUAUACCGUUUUGCGAAUGAACUCUUGUCUUAUUGAAUGUAAUUAAACAACACAAGAGUAGUUAAACAUCAAAUGUUUAUUAAAGUGUAUCUUAUUCUAA